AUGCGUUGGCAGAAAUUUUCUGUAUGUAGUCGGCGCUCUAUUGGUACGGUGCUUGAACGUAAAUCACAUCGCUGUUUCGAGGACGAGUCUCAGAUUUCAGUGGGCCAAUGUGGAAACUUCCGCCUUGACCCUGGCGAAGAGUGUGAUCCCGGAAGAUCUGGCGCAAACAAGUGCUGUUUAGAAACGUGCAAAUUGGCCCCUGGAGCUCAGUGUUCGCCUUUCAAUCACAAGUGCUGCACAAAAGCCAGGUACAUCUGGGCCAAUGUUGUGAGCAUUAUCCUCUGUCUUGCAGCUGUGGUCUGGGUGCCUCUGAGUAUCCUGAUGCACCACUACGUAAGCUCUUGCGUGGCUUUUCAAAAGUUUGUCCUCAAUUUUAUAGAGGCAACGAAAAAGCUCCAGUGA